GUCAUGCAUCCGUUGUUGUUCCCAGCCAUUGCAGGACUCUCAAAUUUUCUGGCACUUGUGGUGGGCGGGCCGAUAGUGAUUUCCUUCGUUGUCGCUCGCCUUGGGCUGGAUCGCAGUGUUCGCUAGCUGCAGUAAUGGUUGCUUUCAAGUCGCCUGUCGCAUAAUCAGCAGGGUCCCGUAGUCACGUUGUGUAGUCUGUAGAGUUCAAAUUUCAUUUGCUGAUUGAUCGACGACAUUGUACAUUCCCACUUUGGCCAUAAAUCGAAAUUGAGCCUUGUGGCGAAUCUGCUCUGCGCAUUGGCGCUUCGACGUAAAUUAAUCGUGGCACAGGGCGGCCAUGCUAGCGUUUCGGCGGCUCGCUACGACACGUGGCAUCGCGGCAGCAGCCGUGCUUCUGCCGUAUCUGAAGGAGGCUUGUCGCGGGCUGAUUUUCGAGUCGACUCAACGAAAGUCACAUCACGAGUCGACUGAACAGACGUCACCUCCGUAUGUGAAGGAGGCGUUUCGCGGGUUCAGGAAUGGAAGCGAUGCGUUCUGGCAAGACAUUGCGAGCCGGUCCAAAGAUACAGGAAUCCCCCCCGAGCGGCACUUGGUGGUGACGGCGUCUGGGCCGGACAGGCUGGGCAUCGUGUCGACGCUGGCGAAGCGAAUUCUGGAGUGCGGCGGGAACGUGGAGGAGAGCCGCAUGGCGCGGCUGGCGGGGGACUUCUCCAUCAUCAUGCUCAUCAGAGUGGAUGCCACCUCGCCCCGGAUAGCGGAGGACCUUCGCCUCAAGCUGCUGGAACUGCGAGGGCUGCAGGUGAGCACGCGGUGGACGGUGGACGACCGCAGUGAGGAGAAGGCACCCAAGAGGAAGUUCAGGCGGCUGGUGCUGAGAGGGGCGGACAACCCGGGGCUGGUGUACAACGUGACGGAGUACCUUUCAUCGAAAAAUAUUAACAUCGAGAACUUGGAGACGUUUACUGAAGAGGCACCCUUUGGCGGCACCAUGCUGUUUCUGAUGGAGGGCGUCAUCGCCAUGCCCAUCCGCCUGCCAACCCGGCAGCUUGAGCGGCAGUUGGACGCCCUGCAGCAGUCGCUGGGCGUGCAGAUUGAGCUGCUGAACUUGGACCCGAAAGAUAUGGUUGAAGAUUGGAGGAUGUGGCAGCAGACCAUGUCUCGGAAUUGGGGUUUGCCCAAAUACAGCUCGCUAGCAGCAGCCAAAGCCCUCCCUUACCAAGCCUGAAGCUGGGAAGCCUCCUUGCAAGAGGUACAUACUGCCGUCCUGCAGGGUGUUGGUCAUUCAAGGGAAGGUGAAACCACCCGGGCCAUGCUGCAGUGCGUUGGUCCAUACUGCUCGUCAGCAGGCCAAGGAGCCCCCUUAUAACAAACCCAGUAGCAGACCCACUGGCACAAGUACAUAGUGCAACGUACCUCUAGUAGCAAAGCUGUGAAAACUGGGAGGACCCCAAGUCCACACCCGGGCAGGGGACUAGUAGACGUGGAAUGGCGGGGGGACAACUGUAUGCAAGUCACUUUUAUAAAGCCUGUGUUUCCUCAGCGUUCAGUGUGGUGCAUGUGACGAGCGGUUUUGCAUUCAUAACUCUGGGUGAAUCUGCUUUCAUUGCUUUGUAUAACCGAA